AGCAUAUUUCGAUUACUUACUUUACUUAUUAAAAUAAUUAAAUGAAUAUAAAACGGAAAGUCUUCACUACCAGAGAUCUGAGCUCAGAGACGACCCCAAAACUCAAAGAUUCCAAUCACCCAUUACCAAUGGCCACGGAAACAUCUAAUUCAGACACCCAUAAUAACCCAGAAAUCAGCUUCGCCAAUUCAGAAAUCAACAAACCAAAUAAGCAAAUCUUCAUCUUAUCGGGUCAGAGCAACAUGUCAGGCCGCGGAGGAGUUAACCAAAACCUCAUCUGGGACGGCGUCGUUCCGCCGGAAUGCCAACCCGAUCGUCACAUCCUCCGCCUAAGCGCCAAGCUCCAUUGGGAAACCGCGCGUGAGCCUCUCCACGCAGACAUCGACACCAACAAGACCUGUGGGGUUGGGCCUGGAAUGGCGUUCGCUAACGCAGUGAGAGCCCAUUUGGCCCAAUUAGGCCCACUGGGCCUUGUGCCCUGCGCUGUGGGUGGAACGGCCAUUAAGGAAUGGGCGCGUGGAGAACACCUCUACGAAGAUAUGAUAAAGAGAGCGAAAGAGAGCGUGAAGGGAGGAGGUGAGAUUCGAGCGUUGUUGUGGUACCAAGGAGAGAGUGACACGUCAUCGGAGGAGGAUGUUGUGGCGUACCAGGGGAACAUGGAGAGGCUUAUUCAGAAUAUUCGUGAUGAUCUUUGUUUGCCUUCACUUCCAAUUAUUCAGGUGGCAAUAAAUUCAGGGUUGGAUAAGAUAUUAGUGGAGAAAUUAAGAGAAGUGCAAUUGAAUAUGAAGGUCGCAAAUGCUGUGUGUGUUGAUGCUAAGGGAUUGGAGCUCAAAUUUGAUAAUCUCCACCUAACCACUAAGGCCCAGGUUGAAUUGGGCCAUAAACUGGCUCAAGCUUACCUUUCCAACUUUGGCCAAUGUUAGGAUCAAAUUCAAUCCAUUCACCCUUACAAAUUCUAUUGUUACAAUUGUAUUACAUUGAUUUUGAAGAUUUGAAUAUUAAUUAUAUUUAAUAUAGAAAAUUGUAAUUCUCAAAAGCUCAAUUCGAAAUAUGAUUGAUAAUUAAUAUUAUGUGAGAGAUCAUUGAGAAUAAUAAUGUAUUUAUAUUGUUAUUUGAUAUAGUAUAAUUCCUAUAUUUUAUGAUAAUGAUGAUUUAGUGAUCUACUUUGAAGAUGAA